AUGAAAUUAAAUUCAGAAAUUAAAAAUCAAAUUUAUUCAUUAAAAUUAUCAAAUAAAGAUACAUAUGGUCAAAUCGACGCAUUUUUAUCAAUGUUUUCAUUCAACGAAUUUUCUCAUCUUCGAUCAUUAACAUUAUCUGAAGUUGAAAAGCAAAAUAUAGUAAAAUUGAAAUCGAUAUUACCAUUAUUAUCUCAAUUAUCCUCCUUUCAUAUGAUUGGUCAUAUGUUUGAAGACAGUGGAAUCCUAGAUAAUCUUCCAAUGUCUAAUCUAAAAAUAUUAUCAAUACUAUCAUUACAUUCUAUUCAAACAUGCCUUAGCGAUACUUCAAAUAUUACAAAUUUAACAAUUUAUACUUGUUCAUUAGAACAUUUAUUAUAUGAUUUAUUCAAAUGUUUUCCUAUGCUAAAAUAUCUAAAUGUUCAAUGUAUCUCGCGAUAUAAUCAUCCAAUAAAAAAUGAUUCAAUUAUUAAUAAAUAUAAUGGUAUUUAUCUAAAACAAUUGAUUAUUGGUAUAUUUGAAUAUAACUUUAAAGAUUUUAAAAUAUUUGUAAAACAAAUACCUAAUCUAAUAAGUUUAACAAUAAAUACAAAAUAUGAUAUAAAUAUGAUAAAUUCUUAUAAAUGGAAAAAAUUAAUUCAAUCUUCAUUACCUUAUUUAAAUAUUUUCAAAUUUAAAUUUCGUUGUGAUUGUAGAUUUAAUAAUAAAAUUAUUUUGAAAAAAUUUAUACAUUUUCAAAAUGAUUUUUGGUUGAAACAACAUCAAUGGUAUACUGAAUAUUCAUUUGAAAAAAAUUUUGCAUUUAUUUAUACAAUACCUUAUAUAUCGAAUACUUUUGAAUUAGGACCGAAUACUAAAAGAUUUCCUAAUAAAUUAACAAAUAAUUCAAAUAUAUUCGAUGAAGUGACCGAUCUAACAUUACAUAAUGAAGUCAAAAAAGAUCAAAAUCAAUAUUAUUUUUCAAACGUUGAAUCAUUAACAUUACGUAUUUGGGAAGAGAAUCAGAAUCAAAUUAAUAUUUAUUAUUUGAAAUUUAUUGUUAAUUUAUCUAAUUUAAAACAUUUAAACAUAUAUCUGUAUCACAAAAUGCUAUCAUCAAAAGAAUUAUUAAAAAUUCUAAAAGAAUCACCAAAAUUAUCAUGGAUUACGAUUUGUCCAAAUAAUUUAAAAUCUUUAUUUAUUGAUGAUGAAUUAUGUAAAUAUUUGAAUGCAAUGAUUAAAAAAUUAAAUAUAUAUCCAUAUACUUAUUCUUCAUUCAUUAAUCUUGAUGAAUUGAAAAGAUUUUGUGAAAUCUUUUCAAAUAUUGAACAACUUACAUGUUUUGUUAGGGUACCUAAUGAUGUGUUAUUUUUAUUAAAUCAAUUAUCAAAAUUAUCAACUAUAAAUGUUUAUUUCCCACCAUUAGGUUAUCGUGAUUAUUUUUCUAUUUUAUUUGAAGAACAAUCACAUAGACUAAACUUUAUAUUUCGUGUCAAAGGUAUUGAUGUAAACGUACCAGAAUUAUCUAUAUGGAUUGAUAGAAAUAUGAAUUAA